GUUUCUUGACCACAACUAAAUAUAAAUAUAUAACGCUAAAAUGUUGCUAAAUACGGAGUAUCUGAUGUGGCUGUGAUUCUGCAACUUGGGAACCUCACUAUCUCUAACUCCAUUUCUUAACCAAUCUGCACUCCGUUUAAUUCAUCCACGAAAAUCGUGCCCUUCAGAUAUUUUUGUGCCAAGAAGUUUUGGUUCUAUCCUCCUCUUCAUUCUUCUUCGUUCUUCAACCUUCACACCCUCAUAAGAUACGUAAGAAUUAAGAUCAACUCAGCUGUUCAGCGUGUUAAUCGACUUGAAUUAACGUGACAAAACAUUUCUUUCAAUGUGUUCUGUCCGUGAGUUUUGUGGUUGCUGAUUAGUUCUUUUAAAUGUGUAUAUGUGGGCUGAAGCAAGAGGGUUUGAGAAGCAGUUCAAAUAGCUGAGAGUGACACAUGGGAUCAGGAUUAAUUCUUUAUGAUAAAAACUCGAUCUUUACGAUAAAAAGAGUAGAGUUGAGAUGGAAUCACAACUGGGUUUGAUUGAGCAGUCCUUUAAUGUCAGGUACUCAAGUUUGGUUAGAGAUGCACUUGAUAGCUUGCCUGACAGUUUUACCAUAACUGAUCCCUCCAUUUCUGGUCAUCCAAUUGUGUAUGCUUCUACUGGGUUCUUGAAAUUGUUCGGUUAUUCAAAGGAGGAGGUGAUUGGUAAGAACGGUAGGGUAUUUCAGGGUCCACAGACUGACAGGAGAUCCGUUAUGGAAAUCCGAGAGGCCAUACACGAGGAGCGUACUAUACAAGUUAGUUUAUUAAAUUAUAGGAAAGAUGGGAUACCGUUUUGGAUGCUGUUUCACAUGUCUCCUGUUUUCUGCGAGGAUGGGAGGGUUAUUCAUUUUUUGGCAGUCCAAGUGCCUAUCUUGAAUAGGCCAACGAGGCUCGGUAGGAAGCGAAUGAACCUUUGUAAGGAUGGAGUUGCUUUUAGGGAGCCCAUGUUCAUGUGUUGUAGACGAGAUGUUUGCUUCAAUCCGGUUUCAAAAUUUGGACCUGCAUUAGCUUCACAUUCAGUUUCUGGCUUGCAUUAUCCUGAACCAGAGGAUACUGAUCCAUGUGUGGCAAGUGAUAUAGAGAAGAGAACAUCUAUGGCUGCUCUCCACAACAUAUUAUCUGUUCUUAUGCAUUAUAGUGAGUUGACUGGCAGAUUGGUGUCUGGAAAGAGAUGCACUCCACCUAGGAUGGACCUUCUUGGUACAUCACUAACAUCAUCUCUUGGUACAAUCAAGCAAAGCUUUGUAUUAACUGAUCCACAAAAACCUGACAUGCCAAUCGUAUAUGCAAGUGAGGCCUUCUUAAGAAUGACAGGAUAUAAUAGAGAUGAUGUUUUGGGACACAACUGCAGAUUUUUAAGUGGUCUUGAUACCAAUUCCCUUACUCAAUUCCAGAUAAAAGAAUGCAUUAGAACAGCACAACCAUGUACAACACGUAUCUUAAAUUACAGAAAAGAUAGCACACCGUUUUGUAAUUUCCUGCAUAUUUCACCUGUUAGAAAUGCAACUGGCAAGGUUGCAUACUUUGUUGGUGUUCAAAUAGAAGAAGAUGCAGAGAAUGCCCAUGAGAAACAUGGAUUGGGACCUGACAGGAGCCACUUAGGUGCUGUUGCUGCUGUCAAGGUUACGGUGAGAGGCUCAUCCAUGGGAACCACCACCACGUCGUAGUAAUUCUCAUAUGGAGUUGUUGUAAUCUUCUCCGCAACUCCGUUUGUAUCAAGGUAUUUUAUUGAUCAGGGUUCUGCGUUAUAACCACUGGACAAAUAGAGGCAUACGCUUUAGAUUGUAAUGCACAUUCUUUGUAUAUAUACUGUGACAUGGUAUUUGAAUAAAAUUAUGAACACUGGUUCAAUA